AUGAUGAUGACGGAUGCAGAGAAGUUUCAGUGUUUCAUCUCCGCCAUCUUCUACAUCGGCAAAGGGUCAAGGGGCAGGCCUUACUACCAUCUCUACGAGGCCAUCAAGAGCCUGGAAAAUGGCAAAAAGAAAAACAAGAAGAUUGAGCGAAUCCAUGACAUAUGGUCCGAAGGCGUUGGCGUGAUCUCCUUGCACGUCUUCCAGAACACCAUUCCAGUUGAAGCCUGGACAAGGGAAGCGGCAAUGAUAACUGCCAUAGGGCUUGGCAACCUCAGCAACAGCAUCCAGGGCACCUUCUAUGGGCUGCCAAGCACCUGGCGAUGGGCUGAGCGAAGGCGCCUGGGAACGCAUCUCCUGUGGCGGACACUCCAGAUCUUCCUGCAGGAAGGGGAGAGACAGCUUAGGCCCUCCGACGUCACAUUACCUGCGUGGAUGAAGUGAAGGGAGGUGAUUGGAGACGAGAUAAGGUUUCUGGGAAUGGGUUGAGAUGAAAGGUCCUUUUUUUCCAAGAGAAUCCUUAUUUUUUGUGAAAUAUUUUGUAGAAUUGGCUGGGUGAGCCCU